GACCACUACAUACAUAUAUAGAGAUAUCGAACUGUGAUUACACAAGAAUAAUCUCUCCUUAGUCGCUAUAGGGUAAUCAGUUAAAAAGACCAAUGAAGAUACAUCGUGCCAUAAUCCUGGUGACACUCUUGGCCUUGAUCAAGACCGCGGUUUCCCAACUUCAGUCGAUUGAGCAGUGCAGAGAGGUGUUCGACAGUUUCAUGCCGUGCAUGGGCUUCGUCGAGGGAAUCUUCCAGCAACCUUCUCCGCAAUGCUGCAGAGGCGUGACCCACUUGAACAACGUCGUCAAGUUCAAGACUCCAGGAUCGAGGAAGAAUGAGCAGGGGAGUGGAGAGCUAGAGAGAGUAUGUGAAUGCAUUGAGAUAAUGGGAAAAGCAGAUCAUCUUCCUUUUCUGGCAUCCGCCAUCAACAAUCUUCCACCCCUUUGUUCGCUUAGUCUCAGCUUCCCUAUAUCUGUUGGAAUGGACUGUUCUCAGUUCAGAAACAUGAAGGAACUCGAUGCUGAAAAGCUAAAUUAGUUACAAGUAUGUAUGAAUAGUGGAAAUGGAAGACUUGUAAUAGCUAUGCAUGAUAUAUAAUCGAACUUAUUGUAUUA